AUAAUAAUAUUUCCCAUUCCACAAGUUAAAACCCCAAUCAAGAAAGCCAAAUUCCGUUUCCGCGCAACCACCGUAUGAAAAUGAUAACUGAAAACAACCUCUUCCUAAUCCAAAACCAAGCCAUCCUUUUAAUACCUUCUUUGCCUCCAUUGUCAUCAUCCUCAUCUCAAAUGGGAUUCAAGGCUCUCAUCAGCCUUGCAUUCCUUGCAUUACUAUCAUUCCAUGUUAAUUCACAGAGUUGCAAUUUGUAUGAAGGGAGUUGGAUUUUCGACGAAUCAUUUCCUCUCUACAACUCUUCGAUCUGCCCUCACCUCCGCCGUGAGUUCGACUGCCAAAAAUACGGCCGGCCGGAUAAAAACUACCUCAAUUAUAGAUGGCAACCGAGCUCCUGUAACAUUCCGAGGUUUGAUGGGAAGGAGUUUUUGAGAAUGUGGAGCAACAAAAAGAUCAUGUUUGUAGGAGACUCACUGAGCUUGAAUCAAUGGCAAUCUUUGCUCUGCAUGCUACACUCGGCGGCACCGAACAGCAUCAAAACACCCUCCGGCGACACCGUUGCCAUCUCCUCCAUCACAUUUGAGGACUACAAUGUGACAGUGAUGUACUAUAGAACACCAUUCUUGGUGGACAUAAUCACUGAAAAUGAAGGAAGAGUUUUGAACUUGGAUUCCAUUCAAGCUGGCAAACAAUGGCUUCAGGCCAACCUUCUCAUCUUCAACACUUGGCAUUGGUGGCUCCGCUCUGGCCAAUACCAACCAUGGGAUUUCAUUCAAGAUGGGAACAAGAUGUUGAAAGAUAUGGACCGCACUGUGGCUUUCUCCAAGGCAUUGACAACUUGGGCAAAAUGGGUGGACUCUUCUGUCAAUCCAAACACUACCAAAAUCUUUUAUCAAGGAGUCUCUCCCUCUCACUAUCAUGGAAGUGAUUGGAAUGAGUCCUCCACCAAGAGUUGUGCUGGAGAAACAGAGCCAUUCAUGGGAUCAAGAUAUCCAGGAGGACCAAUUCCACAAGAGGAUAUAGUCAAAAGUAUCUUGAAGACCAUAUCAAAACCAGUGUCUCUUUUGGACAUCACUUCUCUCUCACAACUUAGAAAAGAUGCACACCCUUCUUCAUACAAUGGAAUUCACUUGCGUUUGGACUGCAGCCAUUGGUGUGUUCCGGGCCUUCCUGAUGUUUGGAACAGUCUCAUGUAUGCCACUCUUGUCUCAUGAAUUACUUUAAUUAAAGAUAUAUAGAAUACAAAGAGGAAAAAAAUGAAUGAAAGAAAGAAAAUUAUUCGAUUAUUUAUAUAGUUAGUCCUGUGGCUAGCUUUUGGUUAGGUUCAUUUAGAGGGGAAAAUUAUGUAGUUUGUAAUGUGUAGUAUUGGUGUUUGAUUUGAUUCAUCCGUCACAUAGUGACUUUACAUUGAUCAAUUCAAUAAAUAUUCUUACGGCAGGAACUUUUUGGUUCUCUUCUUAUUCAAGGUGAAGAAUGAGGAUGAAGUAUUGUUAUUUGUA